CGCGGCAUCGCUGGCAAAAACGCCAAAUCGUUGUUAGACACGAUGGACAUAAAAGAUAGCAGCGACGAGGAUGGAACGCAUAACAUUUCGGCGUUCACCAAGUUCGACGAGAGCAUCGAGGUUCAAAACGCCGAGGAGAUCCAGAGCCCGAUACGUCGUAGACCUCAAAGUUCAAGGAGACCUAGACAAACGACGACGAAAGACGAGAGCCUCAGCUCUAUGGGAAUAAAUUCGCCCCGUGGGAAGCUAAACUUCAGAAGAUAUUCGGAAACUGAGAACAGUUUCGGAAAAUCGAUGGGGAUCAGCAGUGAUCCAUCGGACAGCGAGGAAAGCGACGACGACGACGACGAGAUCCAGGGUACGAGCAACGCGCAACAGAUAGAGAUGUACAAUCCGAAGGAUUUCGAGGGCUUAGACGUGUCAGCCGAAGUGACGGAACUGUUCCAAAACAUUGUCAGGUACACACCGCAGAAGAUCGAGCUGAAUUACAAGCUAAUACCGUUUAUACCGGACUACAUACCGGCGGUCGGUGACAUAGAUGCGUUCAUAAAGAUACCGCGACCGGACGGUGUCGAGGAGAAAAUCGGACUGACCGUUCUCGACGAGCCGUGUACCGAUCAGUCCGAUCCAGCUGUGUUGCACCUGCAGCUACGCAGCCAUUUAAGAAGCGCCGGCGCGGCGGCCAGGCAAACGGUGGUGAAAAGAAUCGAGGACGCGGAGAAGAACAGUCGUUCGAUCGACAAAUGGAUCGAGGACAUCAAUCAGCUUCACCGAAGCAAACAUCCGCCGGUCGUGCAUCUAACGAAACCGAUGCCCGAUAUCGAUUCUUUGCUGCAACAAUGGCCGCCGGAGAUCGAGGAGAAGCUGAACGAAAUGGAGCUGGACUUCGGCCAGCUGGACUGCGAUUUAUCGCGUCUCGUCGAUAUUAUCUGUAACCUCCUCGAUAUACCCGCGGACGAGAAUUCCAGAUUGGAGGCGUUGCACACGCUUUUCACGCUUUUCUUGGAAGUACGGAACGCCAGGGCGCAAAAGUAUUGA